CAACUGCAAUUGAGUCGAAGAAGAAGAAGAAGGCUCUUGUGGGUACGGCCUGCACGUGCGUAGCGACAAAACGGGGCUUCAGAACUGAGAUGAAGAAGGAAAUGACUACAUUAAUAAAAUAGGGACUUUUUAACAGCUCCAGCCUUAGAGCUCAGUGUUUGUGCGCGUUUACCCCGCACGAGAAACCGCCUGACCUCGUGAAGGAGGAAGCUAACAGCCAUCAUGGCGGGCAGCAGACUGGAGAGGGUUGGGACCGUGUUCAGCAGGGUCCGAGACCUGAUGUGUUCGGGGGUGAUGAAGCCAGCAGACAAACCCAUCUGGUUUGACGUGUACGAGGCUUUCCCCCCCAAGAAGGAACCGUUGUAUGUGAAGACAAAAACCAGAACAUUCGUCAACAAGCAGAGCAACGUUCCUGCCAUCUUUUACGCGGAGGACAAAGUUAGAGCGUGGUUCUAUGAGCAUUAUGGGACAGGUUCCCGGUCCUUUGAUCUUUCCAAUUCAAACUUUGUGUCUGUAUGCCAGAGGUUUGUCCUCAAGUACUCAGAGUUAAAGAGCCACAGUGAGCUGGAAGAUUCAGCGUUGUAUGAGAUGACCGCAAAGGCGUUACUGUCAGAAGGCAUCACCCUUAAACAGAGAGCUCGUCAUCCGGUGGAGUCCAUAGAGCCGGUUUUUUGAGCUGAAACUGACGAGAUGAUGGCGGAGCAGCACUGAACCAGUCCUUCAUGUUCCUGUUUCCCUUCUAAACACAACAACUUUAAAGCAAGGAGCUCCCAGGCUCUGCUUCUGCUUUCAUGUUAAAACGUUUUCUGAAAAAAUAAAGUGAAACCGUCGUUA